AUGGCGUCCUCGCCCUCACAACCGCAAUCCGCGGCACCACCACAGCCCACGUCCACGCCCACGCCCACCCCACAACCUCCCAUCAACCCCUUCGUCCACAACGUCGCGCUAGGCGUAACCCCCAUCGCACUCUUCGCGCUAUUCCUGCCGCCGCGCCGUCUGGACCUGCGCGCCCUGAUCCUCGGCGGCGUCGCGCUGUGGGGCACGAACCAGCUCGUCGCCGACUACAGCGGCACGUCGUCCCUGCGGCGCAUGACGCAGCGCCUAGAAAAAAUGUCGGGCGCCGAGCUGCCGGAAAAGGCCAAGGAGAUGCAGGCGCGGCUGCGCGCCGAGCGCGCGCGACGGGCGCAAGACGGGCUUACCGACGAGCAGAAGAGGAUGUUGGAGGAACACCGGCGGAAGGGGGAGAAGGGGCUGUUGGAGAGGGUGUGGAUGGGCGAUAGUGGUGAGGACUGGAAGGCGAAGAGGGAUCAGAGGGAGAAGGAGGCGCUGGGCGAGGGCGGCGGCGGGUACUGGAGUCUUAUUGCGGAUCAGGUUUCUGAGGUGUGGAAUCAGGGGAAGAAAAAGAAAGAUGGCGAUGAGGAGAAGGAAAAGGAGAGCGAGUCGAAGAAGCCUUGA